AAGAGCAAAUGCAAAACUCGAACCUGAAACAGAUUUCACGAGCAAAUCACGAAUCUGGGAGCAGGACGGGCGGUGCUAACGAACCCACGAACGGAACACACAAGAGUCCGGGCGUUGGACGUUUCAUUCCUUGUUCAAUCAGAAAUGGCGCCUACAAAGAAAUCGAAGAAGCGCAACAAGGAUUCCAAGAAACUGAAGAAACGUAAAAAUUUGAGCGUUGUUCCCAUGGAGCCCAGAGCAUCAGACCCUGAUUGGUGGGAAAUUUUCUGGCACAAGAACUGUUCCCUCUCAGGUUCUCCUGGACGUAAUGAUGAAGCAGCUGGAUUCAAGUAUUUCUUUCGAACGUCGAAAAAAACUUUCGACUACAUUUGUUCCCUCGUACGAGAGGAUCUCAUUUCAAGGCCACCGUCUGGGCUUAUCAAUAUUGAAGGGAGACUUCUUAGUGUAGAGAAGCAGGUUGCAAUUGCUAUGCGAAGAUUGGCAUCGGGUGAAUCGCAAGUUUCUGUGGGAGCUGCCUUUGGAGUUGGCCAGUCCACAGUCUCUCAGGUUACUUGGAGAUUUGUCGAAGCUUUGGAGCAACGUGCGAAGCACCAUCUUCAGUGGCCGAGUUCCUCUAGAUUGGAGGAAAUCAAAUCACAGUUUGAAGCUUUCUUUGGUUUGCCUAAUUGUUGUGGAGCCAUAGAUGCAACACACAUCAUUAUGACACUUCCAGCUGUACAAACAUCAGAUGAUUGGUGUGAUACCAACAAUAAUUACAGUAUGUUCUUGCAGGGAAUUGUUGAUCACCAGAUGAGAUUUAUUGAUAUUGUAACUGGUUGGCCUGGGGCCAUGACGACUAGUAGGUUAUUAAAGUGUUCACGAAUUUUCAAACUAUGCGAUGCCGGUGAACGUUUGAAUGGGAAUGUAAAGAAGUUCUCUGGAGGGUCAGAGAUCAGAGAAUACUUAGUUGGUGGAGUUGGUUAUCCUCUUCUUCCUUGGUUGAUUACUCCUUACGAAAAUGAUAACCUAUCGCCGUUGAAUUUCAACUUCAAUGCUGUGCAAGGAGCUGCAAAAUUGCUUGCUGUGAGGGCAUUCUCUCAGUUGAAGGGCAGCUGGAGAAUCCUCAACAAGGUGAUGUGGAGACCCGAUAAGCGGAAGCUGCCAAGCAUUAUACUGGUAUGCUGUUUACUUCAAAACAUUAUAAUUGACAAUGGAGAUGAGUUACAACCAGAUGUUGCUUUAUCUGGUCAUCAUGAUUUGGGAUAUCAGGAGCAUUGUUGUAAACAGUUAGAUCCAUUAGGGAACAAUCUAAGGGAAAACUUAGCCAAGCACUUGCAUCAAAAUAAAGAGAGAGUUUGUUCUUCGUAAGACUCGAAAUUGCAUUGGUUUCCAAGAACUUGUCAACGGUCUGGUAUAACUUAGAUUUGUAAUUACAACUGAUGAAGCAAUUCAUAUUUUGUUCAAAAUUUUCCCCAUUGUGAAGAGGAGUAUUUAAGUCGUGUCAUUUUAGUUUCUGUAUGUAUAUAUUCUUCACUGAAAACUCCUAUUUUCCUUUGGGAGAUUAGUCAAAGGGCUCUUAAUACACGUCACAAAGUUCAGCGGCGCUUACCUUACUACAUUGCUCUCUCACUUAACUGCUGUCCUUAUGCACGGCAGAAUCUGAUACACCUGACUAUUUGUUCAUCACCUGCAAUUAUGCUGCUAGACUUUGGAAGGAAAUUACUCUCCUUUGGGUGACUGACUGCCCUUCUCAAUGAGAUCAUUAAUCUCCUCACUUAUACCCUAACCGGUCAACCUUUCACUGAUGGUAAAAGAAUUAUGUGGAUUCACCUUAUUAGGGCCUUCUUAUGGGGCAUUUGGAAUGAACGUGACAACCGCUUCUUCAAACGAUAAGGGAAUCACCUUUGAUAGGCUAUUUGAACACACUGCAUUCCUUGCUUUCACUUGGUGCAAAUGCACAACCUUCUAUAGCUCUUAUUCUCUUUCUUCUCUUUUAACCAAUUGGAGAAAUCUUUUGUAGCUCCUUUGGAUUGGUCUUUUUGCUCUUCUUUUGUAGAUUUCAUGCAUCAGUACAUCAAUGAAAUUUGUUUAUUAUAAAGAGAAAGGAAAAAGAAAACUCCUAUUUGCUACAGUUAUGUAAAGAGGCAAGAUGAAGUUACAAAAUAGCACGAUAAAGGACGAACGGAGUAUCUCACAUCAUUUAAGAGGAGUUGACUCCUUAUUAGCAUAUUGAGACAAAUUGCAGCACUUUCGGGUUGUGGAUUAUAUAACUCCCCCAUUUUGAUAACAAAAACGAGGAAAUGAGCAUAAAGUUGAAGUCUGUUAUUGGCACCUUGAAAGCUUUUUCAUUUUCUCCUUGGUUCCUUUAAUCCUUUCAUGGUUUUCCAGGAAAAUGUAGGAGUUGCAUCUGGAAAGCCUAACAGACAAAGCGUAGUUUACUUGGAAUUAAUGUUUGAGUACAAUUACUCCACAACUAACCUCACAAAAUUUCAUUUUCUAAGUUCUAAUUCAUUUCACUCAAGUGGAAGGAAAAAGUGUGACAGGGGCCCACAACGCCUCCAUGUUGGACUCAUGAAUCAACAGCUUAAGACUCAAGCUUUUGGCUUUCUUUUGUUUGUGCAUUGAUGUUUAGCCCUAUAAUUUUGAAGCUGUAGAUUUUGGGGGAGAACCAUUCUGCAUCUAUAUCAGAGGCUCCAUUGCAGUAUGCAAAGAAAGACACCAGAAGAUAUAAUUGGAGAAGAUCGAGCUGUAGGGAGUCUUUUUCUUACUAAUAUAUUUUAUUUGUAAUUUUAUUCCAAUUGUAACUAAAUUAUGCAUUGGUGCAGCCAUAUGUUUUGGAUGACUUCCCAUCACUUUUGAGUCAAGCUGCUCAGUCUGUAGCUAAGGUGCGCUCUACUUCCUUCACAUUCAGGGAUGUAUGGUAGUUUGUAGUGUAAUGUAAUCCAAAACUCAUGUUUGAAUUGAGCGUUUUGAGCUCGAUUUGUAAUACAAAAUUCAUUCUGAUUUUCUAGUCAAUUCAAUCAUUUUUCUCAUUGUUUUUA